GGGGCUCUAGCAGUGCUGGCGGAAGUAGUGCGCGCGGCGCCCACUGUGAGUCCGCCCGCCGGCGCUGGGCUACCGACUCCUCGCCCAGCUGCCCCUCCUGCUGCCUAGGUUCAGGCCGUCGCCCGCACCAUGUCUGGCUAUCCCAAAAGCUACAAUCCUUUCGACGAUGACGUGGAAGGCGAAGACACCCGGCCGGCGCCGUGGAAGGACGCCCGCGACCUGCCGGACGGCCGCGACGCGCCCACUGACAGGCAGCAGUACCUGAGACAGGAGGUGUUGCGCAGGGCCGAGGCUACGGCUGACAGCACCAGCAGGUCCUUGUCCCUCAUGUAUGAAUCGGAGAAGAUCGGAGUCGCCUCUUCCGAGGAACUGGUCCGGCAGCGAGGAGUCCUAGAACACACAGAAAAGAUGGUAGACAAGAUGGAUCAAGAUUUGAAGAUGAGCCAGAAACAUAUCAACAGCAUUAAGAGUGUGUUUGGAGGAUUCAUCAACUACUUCAAAUCCAAACCAGUUGAGCCUCCGCCUGAGCAGAACGGCAGCAUCGUGUCCCAGCCCAGCAGCAGAUUGAAAGAAGCCAUAAAUACAAGUAAAGAUCAGGAAAGCAAGUACCAAGCCAGCCACCCAAACCUCAGGAGGCUGCACGAUGCAGAACUAGACUCGGUCCCCAAAGGACCCGCUUCUACUAUGAAUACUGAGGUUUACCCAAAGAACUCGAGCCUUCGAGCUUAUCACCAGAAGAUCGACAGCAACCUAGAUGAGCUGUCCGUGGGCUUAGGCCGCCUGAAGGACAUAGCCUUGGGGAUGCAGACAGAAAUUGAGGAACAGGACGACAUCCUUGACCGACUAACAACCAAAGUGGACAAGUUAGAUGUCAAUAUAAAAAGCACAGAAAAAAAGGUGCGGCAACUCUAGACAUGGAGACUGAACUCUGCUUGUCCUGAUGAGAAGAUGACUCAGGAGGCUCUCUUAAUCUCUUAUGGCUGUCACUUAUUACAUAGUAUGUAAUAUAACCCAUUUUCAAAUGUGGGGCUUUGAAUUUUUAGUUUCAGUGGGGAAAAUGUGUGUUCCACAUUUUGUAAGACCAACACCUCUACAGUUCUGCGAGCUGUCUGCUGAGUUUUAGUCUAACAGGAGUUGUGAACACCUUGAGCCUUUGAUUACUAUGCUGGAGGGAGAAACAGUACUGCAUUUCUGAUUUCAUGCAUGUCUGCAAAGCCAUGGGCAGAGUGUCAGAACUACUGCCCUUCACUGGCCCAUUUGUUAGGUUUCUCACUCCAAGGAGGCCAUACUGUGAAUUCAGAUGUGAAGGGACCCUGGGUUUGUGGCAGAAGGAAGGGUCCUUUAUUUGCCAAGUCUGUGGCCAUGCCUGCAUACACACUGAGCACAUGCUAGCUCUCUCCCUGGAAAGAACCCAUGUUCUACACAGAACUGAACUGUGUUGCCUUCAUUGUCCCCACCCCAUCUUCUAUUCUUGUCCUGCACUUUAGCAGAAGGACUCAGAGCAGAACUGUUAGGCAUGACACCUGGGCGCCUAUGGGAAUGGAUGCCCCUCUUCCGCCUGUUCGCACCUUGUUCUCUCUGGUGGGGACGUUCUGCACUGGCUCAAAGCCAACUAUUUGGUUGGUGUGUGUGCAUGGAGAAUGAUGUAAAACCCUCCACUGAGCCCUCUGCCUCUGGGAACAGAACCAAAGGCCUUGUUGUUUAUUUGGUGCCUGGAGUCUCCUCAUCCACCUCAGACUCCCAUGCAUUCUCCAUUUCUACAAAGUGCUCCACAUAGUUUUGGGACUCAGACUCCACAAAUGAUACUAACCUUUUGUCUGUCAGAUGAUUCCAUCAACAGGCCCAGAGACUAGACUAGCUAGUAUUCACUCACUUCAGUUUCCAAAAGAAAAUAGUUAGAAGCAUUAAUUAAAAUUGAUUCCUGCAAGAAUUUUUCCUUGUGUUGGUACUGUCAAUAAAUCACUGAAGCCACAGAA